AUGGCAACUUUGCCCCUUUUACCAGGAUACACUUUUCGAGAUAUUACUAUUUCGAGGGAUAUAGUUUUCCAAAUUGGUGCUUUAAUAGCUAAUGAGGACGUAUUGAACUUCUCGUCAUUUCGUAAGGUCAAGGAUUACAAAUUGCCGCACAAGCUCGACAUUUUAAAUGGCUUUCCCGUGGUACGCGAUACUAAUUACGGCAUUGGAAGGAGACCAACGGACGCGGUAUCCGUUCGAUACACCAAGGGCCCAGAUCCUGUGGAAUAUGAUAUACGAUCAAUUUACGGCCGGAUACCUUGCUACACGUAUCGGCAAUUUGUACCACAUUACGCACUACUCGCGCAAAAAUGCCUUCGCUUCAAAGCCUUCUUCCGCCAAGGAGUCUUCAACUCUCCAGACGAACAUUAUCGCGUUCGCCAUGUAGACAUUAUCUACUAUUUGGAAGACGACACGCUUUGCGUAAUAGAGCCCGUGGUAAAGAAUGCUGGUUUCCAGCAAGGCAAGUUGGUGAGACGCAAUAAGAUUCCAAAAAAUGCCAAAGGGGACCUGUUCAUCUGGAAGGAUUUCAAUGUUGGAAUUGAUAUUUGCAUAUAUGGCGUGGUUUAUCAUAUCGUCAAUUGUGACUCGUUCACCAGAGAGUUUCUAACGAGUCAAGGCAUCGACGUUGGUGAAAAGGAGAAUCUUCCUGCGGAUCCUUAUACGGAGCAGCGCGACGUCAAGUUUAGGCCACCGAUGGGAGUCACACGAGUGAUGAGUGACGAUCCUAGGCGACGCUUCCUAGAAUACGAUCGUAUGGUGCUGUCGUUUGAUGCUACCUGGAACGGUGAUCGCUAUCGAGUGAUGUAUUUCUUGAUGGACGACACCGUGGCGAUUCGCGAAAUUCACGAGCUCAACGAUGGGAAGGAUCCCGUUACGAUGCUGCUAAAGCGAACGCGUGUGCCCAAGAACUGGCAGAAUCUACCGUCUUGGUACCCGAACAUCUACAUGGAAUACGGAGAUCCCGAGAUCGUGGAAUACUACACGCCACGAGAUUUUAAAGUAGGCGAAACGGUUCUCUUAUUCGGACGACGUUUCCUGCUGCACGAUUGCGAUGCUUUCACACGCAAAUAUUACUCCGACAUGCUGGGUACAUCGCAGCCAGAUGCGAUUCCAAUUCCCACGAGUGUGGAAAAAUCAACACUGAAGUACGAGAUACCACCACACAUAAAGAUCGGCAGCCCCGAAGAUACGUAUGCUAGCUGUUUAUCGUUUUUACCGAAGCCAUCAAAGAAAAACACCAUUCGUCAUUUGGUAAAUUUCCCGAAGAAGUUGCGCUACUCUGCGCGAAUGGAGGCGGUGCACCCGGAGGACGAGGGUCGCAACUUUGUGCUGGAAUACAGCCUGAGUGACGGUACUAUUCAAAUCAACGAAAUUGAAAAGCGUAAUUCUGGUCGGCGCGAGGGUUGCUUCUUAUCCUCCAGGUUGAUUCCGAAGCCUUGCACGGGAACGGACGAUCCGAAGUACUAUACGCCCCAGGAUUUCUUCAUUGACGCGCGCAUCAAUGCGUUCAAUCAUCGUUUCAUCAUUACGGGCGCUGAUCUAUUUGUGUAUCGUUAUGUCGAGGCGAAUCGCGACAAAUUCUGCCAGGAAGUCCGGGAAAAUCUGCGCAAUUAUAUUCUACAACAGGGCAUGCUACAGGACGACGUAGACAUUGAAGCUAAAAAGAUGCAAGAAAUAGAAGAUGAACAGAAGAUUCUUCCGGAUAAUAUAAUCACAAAAAACAUCGAAGAUAAUAUUAAUGCAGGCAAAUGCAUCGACACGACUAAUCAUAAAGACCUGACAACGGCUUAAUUAAUUAACGCACGAAUCAAUUUAACGGCGUUUUCAAUACCAAUCCCUCAAUCGAUUCAAACCUGUGAGGUUAGUUUUCUAAUAAAUUUUACAAGCAAUUCUUUUUUUGUCCUUAUUAAAAAAAA